UGACUGAGAGGCUAAUCAUAGGGUAAACGAAUCUUUGCGUUUCCUGAGCUAACAACACUCGCCUCCUCUGACAGAUAACCUCAACACAUCUGAAACGCGAAGUGUAUGAGGAUAAUGCUUCAAAAUUAGGCAAAAUGGCUUCCAGAAGAUAUACAGUUCGUUCAUAAAGGUCGUUGUUUAUGUCAGUCAACCGGUACCUUAGAUUACCUAGCAACUGGUUUGCCAAAUUAUCCUAGGUAGCUCAAAAGCUAAAUCCUUAGCUAUCUAGCAUUAGCCCGCUUUCUAACGUUGGCUAAGAAGCUAAGGUUACUAACGGGUUGUAUGUGGGUGACAGCUCGGCUGCCUGUUAUUUCGGACACCAAAACUGACAAAGAAGAAAGGGGAUGGUGCAGCCCCAACCCGAUGGCCCAAUGCAGUGGGACAUGUCAGGAGAGGAGAGUGGAGGAACCCUCAGGGUCCCACCAGAGCUGGCUGCCAAUGAAGUAGUGACCAGGUUGCUGAGUGACAACCAGCAGCUUAGAGAGGCCUUGCGGCGGAGCAACCUAGCCUUGCGUCAACGCUGUGAGGAGAUGGAGGGAUGGCAGCGGAGAACAAGAGAGGAAAGAGAAUUUCUCAGCUGUCGUUUCCAGGAAGCCAGAGCCCUGGUGGAGCGAUUGGCCCAGGAGAACCACUCCUUACAGAGCCUGGUUAAUGGACCAGCUUCGUCCUCUAACCACUGCUGCAGUUCCAGCCAGACUGAAGACCUGCAGGGGCGUCCAGCGAGGAAUGGACCACUGGAUGGACCUCAGACUCUAGAUCAGCGGGAAAGGAAGAAAGUUGAAGAGAUGGAUCAACACACACAGACCACACCACCUCCUCGCAGUCUGGAUGAUGCAAGUAUGUCUAGCUCCUUGAGUAGCACCCUCCCCUCUCCCCCCACCUCACUUUCAGAGGUAGUGGGGGAGAUAAUGGGCAGGGAGAAUGGCCAGCCUGUGGAAGGUGCAAAUGAGUUCCUGCAGUUGUUGAAAAGCCACAAAGAAAAACUGGAGGAAGGAAUGAGAGAGCUGAGGAGGAAGAAUGAAGAGCUGGAGAAAGAGAGGGAGGAGGGGGAGACAGAGAGAGAGCAAAUGCAGCGUUGCAUUGACCAACUACGUACCAAACUGGCCCAGGCACAGGCAAGCAAUGUUACUGAGGAGGCCGCUCAGCGUCGCUCUGAGGCACAGCACUCCUCUGACUGCUCUAGCCUGGCUAAACUCACAGAGCAGCUUCAGGCCACACAGGGCAGGUAUCGUGAGUUGGAGGAGAAGCUUGAUUACCUGCAGAAAAGUUCAGCUCAGCGGGACAGAACUGAAGCCCUCCUCAAACAGAAGGACAAAGACUGUGCCCAGCUGGCUAAGGACUGUGACACUCUCAAAGCUCAAGCAACUUCUCUAUUGGGAGAACUGAAUGAGAGGCAGAGCUGCCUGGAAAAAAGCGAGCACGAACGCAAAAUUUUGGAAGAUAAGCUGUGCAGUAAGACAAAAUCCCUGCAGACGGCAGAGCGGGAGCUGGAGCAGCAUAGGAAGCAGCAUCAUGUGGCCAUGGACAAGCUGCUGCUGCAGACCCAGAGCCUGGAGCAGGCCCUGAAGACAGAGAGACAUGUUGUCACAGAGGAGAAGAAGAAACUGACACAGCUGCAGCAUGCCUACACAUGUCUCUUUAGAGACUAUGAUUCUAAACUGAAGAGUGAGGGAGGAGACCUGUGCAGCCGACUAGAGGAGGCAGAGAGAGCACUGGCCCUCAAGCAAGACCUGAUUGAUAAACUGAAGGAGGAGGUGGAGCAACAGAAAGGCUCACUGGAGACAGUUCCUGUCCUUACUGCACAGGCUGAGAUCUACAAGGCAGAUUUCCUGGCAGAGCGAGAAGCAAGAGAGAAGCUAAACCAGAAGAAGGAGGAGUUGCAGGAGCAGCUGACUCAGGCCCUGUCUGAGAUUGACAGACUCAAACAGGAAGCCACAUCACGAGCACGUAUGGAGCAAAUGAAGCUGCGACACCAGGAAGACUUUCCGCCACGGGUUCCUCCACAAGGUGUGUUCCCCGGUGUAACAUUCAACACAGCACCACCUGCCCCCUCAUUCCGCAAUCAAGGCUUGGUACCAGUGGGUGAUCAAGGAGCAGCUGGAGCUGAAGAGCUGCCAGACUUACGUUGUCCUAAGUGCCAAUACCAGGCUCCGGAUAUGGACACGCUACAGAUACAUGUCAUGGUCUGCAUACAGUAAUAUGAGUAUAGUUUGACACGCCAUGACAGCCAUGCACACACACACACAUACAAAUAUAUAUACAGUAUAUUCAGUUCAGUGUGUCUGUUCCUAGCUCUGUGCACCUUACUUUUUGCCAUGCUAGGACACAUACUGAAUACAUACCAUGAAUUUUGGAAUCAAAACAAGUGGUAGAUCUUGUUGACAGUAACAAAAAAAAAAAAAGAAAAAGAAAACCAAGAGAACAAGCAUGGUGUUUUCCUAAAACUACUCCAAGGAUUCAAAUUCUGCUCUGGCUUUUUUGUUCUGCAGCUGAUCCUCUGAUUUAUUUUUUUUUCCUCAUCCUUUUUUAUCCUGGCACCUGCUCUUUUAUCUCCCCUCUUCCCCUCCCCAUUCCUUGCCUCUGCGAUGGCACUCUGACGCACAUGUCCAUCUGUAUUUGUACAUGAUCCCUGAUCUCUUGAUUCAGUCCCUCUUCUCUAAAGUGGCAUAGUAGUGACUGAGGAGGUAACUACAUACUGUGCAGUCUGUAUACUUUGACUGCAUAAUCCAUGUUAUACACACCCUAAAUCAAUGGGCCUAAGGUGAAAAAAAGUGAAAAUUCAAGGGACUACUUUAUCCCUCAAAUGGAAAACAUAUGACAAUGUGAAUAAUGUAGUGAACUUUAAUAAUAUAGAAUAUUCAGAUAUGUUUUGGUUAUAAAUGUUGCUGUCUGCAUUACCUCAAAACCUGUAUUAUGUAUUAGAGAUGGAUUUACUCCUACUGAAAAGAAAAAUGCCAUUCUGUGUGUUCUGUACCUGUAUACAUUUUUGACUGUAACACUGCUUUAUCUCUGAUGCUAGCCUGACCCUUAACCGAUAGCCCAGUUUGUGUUCAUCAUUUUGUCUUAUCUUUACCUGUGGCACCAUAUUUGAAGGUAAGCACAUUGAGGGUCCUUCACAAUUUGUGUGACUAUUAUCUGUAAUUAUAGAUCAUUUGGUGCGCAGAGUAAUGUUUCAAACUGUUGAAGAUUUAUGAAAUAAAUCAGUUAUUCAUUA